AUGCAAGACCUAAACGAAGAUAUACUUAAACGAACAUAUCGAAUGAGAUCAUUAUGUAAUAAUGCUGAAAUGUCAGGUAUUAAAGCGAAUGUUGUAUUAGCUGAACAAGGUGAACAAAUAAAAAAUAUACAUUCAAGUCUUAUAACAAUUGAUACAACACUUAUUGAUACCAAACAAAAUAUUAAUCGUUUAAAAGGACGAACUCAACGAGUUAUGAAUACAGUUCGUACAAAAUUUCAUCCAAAAUUUUUCUCAAAAUUAAUUCCACAUUCACCUAGUAAAGAUAGUUCAUUAUCAUUAUUACAAACACCACCAUUAUUACCAGAUCGAAGACAUUCAUCUCCAAAACUAAUUCAAACUCCUCCUACUCCUAUAAAAAAAUCAUUUCUUGAUGAACAAAUCGAUGAAACACUUUAUGAUAUUGGACAUACAGUACAACGAUUAAAAUAUAUAGCUCAAGAUAUGAAUGAUAAAUUAGUUGGACAGGUCAAUACGUUUAAUCAGAUUCAUGAACAUAUGAUGCAAUCUACAAAUAGUAUUGAACAGCAAAAUACUGAGAUUGCAAAGAUAUUUACAUAA